AUGGCGGAGGAGGCGAUGGAGAGCUACCUGUACGCCGCCUACCACCCCUACUCUUACCGCUACCCGCCUCCCAAGGGCAAGGCGGGGACGGCGGGCGGCUGGCGGCCGCGGGGCAGCGGCUACUUCUCGAGUUACGGGGAAGCGGCGGCGGCUGCCGAGUACUUCGACAACUACCAGCGGGCGCAGCUGAAGGCCAUCCUCUCGCAGGUCAACCCCAACCUGACGCCGCGGCUCCGCAAAGCCAACACCAAGGAGGUGGGCGUCCAAGUUAACCCGCGGCAGGACGCCUCGGUGCAGUGCUCCCUCGGGCCCCGCACGCUGCUGCGCCGCCGCGCCGGCCCCGCCGCCGAGCCGCGGCACCGCGAGGCGGAGCGGGAACAAGAGCGGGAGCAGGAGCAGGGCAGCCCCGCCACCACGAGCACCCGCGCCGUCCGCUUCCCCCGCACCAUUGCCGUCUACUCGCCGAUGGCGUCCCGCAGGCUCACCGCUUUCCUGGAGGAGCCGGAGCGGCCGCCGCCGCAGCAACAGCAGCAGCAGCAGGAGGAGGAACCGAUGACGGCCGCGGCCGUCGUCGAGGAAGAGCAGCGGGAGGCGGCCGCGGUGCGCGCCAGCUGGGAGAAGCCCCCCGAGGUCGGCGCCGAGCCCCUGGGGCAGCGCCCUGCCGCGGCCGUGGCCCCGGAGCCGCCGGCGGCGGGGCCGCAGGGAAGCCGGGAGGAGGGGGCGCCGGCAGCGCGCGUGGAGCCGCCGGUCGCCCCACAGAAGCAGGAUCCGGCGGCGAGCAAGACCCGCCUGCGCUUCCAGUUCCUGGAGCAGAAAUAUGGAUACUACCACUGCAAGGACUGCAACAUCCGCUGGGAGAGCGCGUACGUCUGGUGCGUCCAGGGCACCAACAAGGUCUAUUUCCGGCAGUUCUGCCGGACUUGCCAGAAGUCCUACAACCCGUACCGCGUGGAGGACAUCACCUGCCAGAGCUGCAAGCAGACGAGGUGCACCUGCCCCGUGAAGAUACGACACGUGGAUCCCAAGCGGCCCCACCGCCAGGACCUCUGCGGGCGGUGCAAAGGGAAGCGCCUCUCCUGCGACAGCACGUUCAGUUUCAAGUACAUCAUCUGA